AUGUCAUCUUCAAACAAUAUCUAUCAUAUUUUAGAUGAUCUUGUAAAGAUGGUAAUUCGUGCUUUUUACCCCGAUGAAUAUGCUGUUAUUAUUGAUGGUCUUUUAAGAGAAAAGAAACGUAUUAAAGAUGAAGAUUUAGCAUUAAGACUUCGUAUUCAACAAAAAUAUGUAAGAAAGAUAUUAAUGGAUCUUAAAGGUGAUUCAAUGGUAAAGAGUUCAGAUGUAAAAGUAGAAGCAAAAGGACCAAAUGAAAGAGGUAGUACCCAUCUACUUUGGUAUAUAGAUUAUAAACAUAUCAUUGAUAUUGUAAAAUAUAAAUUAUACAUGUUUAGAAAGAAGAUGGAAUCUGUAAAAGUUCAAAAAAUUGACGUUCAAACUUAUAAAUGUCAAACAUGUCAUAAAGUAUAUACAGCAUUAGAUAUUCCAAAAUUAUUAAAUAUGGACACUGGUGCAUUGGCAUGCGAAAUUUGCGAUGGCGAAUUAGAAGAGGAAUUAAAUAAUGAAUCAUUAACACAAACUGCUAAACAUCAAUCUGAUUUGUUUAGUCAAUUAAGAAAAAUUAUUGAACAAUUAAAGAAAACUGAAGGUCAUAAUAUACCUUUAUUUGCAAGAGAUUUAGCAGAUUUAUCAGCAGAUCAAGGUCCAUCUUAUACAAUUAAUACCAAUUCAUCAUUAGGUAUGGGUCCAAAACCAUCUGCAUUUCCUGUUGCACAAGGUGCUGCAACUUCUCAUCAUAUAGAUCCAACAAAUGAAAAUAUAGAAUUUCAUGUUGAUAUUUUAGAUACUGAUGGUAUAGAAAUUAAUAAAGCAGUAGUUAAAAAAGAAAAUAAAAAAACAGGAUUAGCAUCACUUCCACCUUGGUUAUUGCCAAGUAAUUCAUUUAAAAAUAGAAAUGUUAAGUCGAAUUCAAUCUUGAACAAUAAUCAACAAACUCAAACCUCAACCAACGAACAACCUACUGCUGUUAAAGAACAAAUUAAAAUUGAUCAAGAUUUUUAUAUAAAUUAUAUUAAAACUCAUUAUCAAGAAUGGGAGAGUGCUCCUGAUAGUGGUGAUGCUGAUGGUAAUGGUAGUAAUAGUGGUAGUGGUGGUUCAACCAUUGAAGGUAAUGAUGGUGGUAAUGGUGAACAUCAAAAUAAAAAAAUGAAAUUGGAUGAUUCACAAACCGUUUCUUCAAUGUCACAAUCGGAUGAUGAUGGUAAAGAUAUUUUAGUUAGAGUCGGUGAUAACUUAAUACCAAUCACCAAAAUCACAGAACAUGACCAAGAGUUAAUGUCUAAUCAAGAAUAUGAAGAUUAUAGUCAUGCACUCUAUUCAUAUGCUUCCAAAAAUGUUUUCGAUCAUCAAUAUCAAAGUUUAAUGUCAAAUUAA